AUGAUUAAAUUAUUCCUGAUUUUCGCUAUUUAUUGCUCAUUGUUCAUUCGGCUCAUCGAACCAAGUAAAGCUGAAGGAAAACUCUAUAAGGACGUUUUAGCAGGAUAUUUAAAGCUUGCGAGACCUGUCAGAAAUCCAAGAGAUGCUUUGAAAGUGCAUAUGAAAGUGUUUUUACAGCAAAUUUUGAAUUUGGAUGGUAAAAAUCAAAUAAUUGAGGUCAAUGCAUGGCUGAAAUAUGUUUGGAUUGAUUAUCGACUUCAAUGGGAUCCAAAGAAAUAUGAUAACAUAACGAGUAUUCGGUUUGCCGGUGGCGAAAACCAAAUAUGGCGGCCUGAUGUUCUGCUAUAUAAUAGCGCAAAUGAGGACUUUGACUCGUCGUUCAAAUCAAAUGAAGUGGUAUAUAAUACGGGAGAAGUGAAUUGGAUUCCACCAGGAAUUUUUCGCGCUAGCUGCAAAAUGGAUAUCACCUAUUUCCCAUUCGACGAUCAAGUCUGCUACCUGAAAUUUGGAUCCUGGACAUACAAUGGACUCGCCCUAGAUCUCAGUAUCAUAUCAGAAGAUGAACAUGAAGAGAAUUCGAUUGAUCUAUCAACCUAUACAACUAGCGGGGAAUGGCAUCUCACGCGGGCUCCGGCUGUCAAAGAUAUCAAAUACAAUUCAUGUUGCCCGGAACCAUAUUCAACAGUUACAUUCUACCUCUUCCUUCGUCGCAGGACCCUAUUCUACCUGUUCAACAUCAUCUUGCCAUCUCUACUUAUUUCAAUAAUGACAUUGAUGGGAUUCUGCCUUCCAGCACACGAUAUGUCGGAGAAAAUUGGAUAUCAAACAACAAUUCUGCUAUCAAUUUGCUUCUUCGUGACGAUCGUUAGCGAAAUGACUCCACCAACGUCAGAAUCAGUUCCGUUAUUAGGAAUGUUCUUUUCAUCUCUUACUUUGAUCAGUGCAGUAUCAACAGCUUUCACCAUUACAGUUCUAAAUUUUCGGUAUCGCCAAGUGAAAAAUAUCCACAUGCAUCCAUUAUUUUACAAGGUAUUUCUUAUUUGGAUUCCUUGGAUGCUUUUGAUGAAGAGACCUGGAGUUUUCUAUAGAAAGCGAACUGCCACGUCUCUCGAGGAGGAUGACGUUUCAAUUUUUGACGAUUGCGAAUCUGAAUGCUGCCCUCAAGUAUCUGACAUAAUGAUGCAUUCGAUUGACAGCGCUGAAACUUUGCCGCUGCCAUCCGCUCCUCGACCAUUGUACAAAAAAAUGCAUAGUAUGCCAGCGGAGCACUUAAAUUUGGACCGGAAAGUUGGUGAUGGCAUUUUGAAGAGUCUUAAACGACCACUAGUGCUCUCUCGGAGUUUGAGCAAGACCAACUCAUUAAGAAGUCGAAGGUCGGUUCAGUUCGAGAAAUACAUUAGAAAAUGUAUUGACGAAGCGAAAAUGAGAAGGCAUUCACACAACUCCACUUAUCACAUGUCUGUUAUAAACUAUUACACUCAAAUUGAUGAAAUGCUGAAAGUGCUGAACCAAAGACUCGAUACCCAAAGAGAUUCACUUUAUAAACAAGAUGAUUGGAAAUUCGCCGCAAUGGCACUUGAUCGCCUUUGUCUGGUGCUUAUAACAAUCCUUAUAUUUUCGUGCAUUGUCGCAUUGUGCCUAUCGACGCCGCAUUUUGAACCAUGA